CAUUGCGGCAGCCACGCUGUUGGUGGGCUGGUGCACGGUGAAACUUCGGCAUUGUGUCGCCUAUAACGCGUCGUUGCGCGUGCACCAUCGAUUCCGGCUUUAAACCCCUAAGAGCGCUACAACAAGCGGCAAGCUGAGCUGCGUGAGCACACGGCCGCCUACCUGCACGAGAAAUCAUGGAGACAACGCCGCCGCCCGCACCCACCGUGCUGCGAGCCGUGAGCCUCGACUUCGACGACACCCUCAUCGAAUCCGAGGCCAUGAAACGCGCCGCGCUCGUGCGCGUCGCGUCGGCCUUCGACGGCGGCGAGGCGGCGCUCGGCCGCAUCCAGACCGACUCGCGCACCGGCGCCAAGGUGACGCGGCACACCAUCUUUCGGGAUUUCUGCCGAGAGGUGCCGGCGGCGCGCGCCGUCGGCGCCGAGGCGCUCGUGGACCGCUACUCAGAGGCCGUGCGCGAGGGCAUCGCCAGCGCGACGGAGGUGCACGGCGCCUCGCGAUUACUUGCCGAGCUACGCGACCGAAAUGUGCCCACGUUCAUCAACUCGGCGACGCCAACGUCCGCGCUGCAAGACGCCGUCAAGGCGCGGGGCUGGGACCGCUUCGUCUCGGCGGCGCUCGGCGCGCCCGAGGGCGGCGGCGACAAGGUCGACAAUCUCGCGGAGAUCGCGAAGCGAGCCGGUUGUACGGCCGCGGCGGUGGCGCAUAUCGGCGACGGCGCCAACGACGCGUCGGCAGCGCAGCGCUUCGGCAGCGCGUUCUUCCGCAUCGGCGGCGAGGGCUACCGUGACAUUAGUGCCUUGAUGCCGGUGUUGCUGGCGCGCCUCGGGCUGCCGGCGCCGGCGACGUGCCGCAUCUGCGAGAAGAAUUCAAAGCUCGACGCCUUACCCUACGGCGGCCUCGUGUGGUCGUCGCCGCGCUGGUUGUUGCUCCACGCCUCCAAACCAACAGGCGUCGCGGGCCACUUGAUGCUCCACGCGCGAAGGCACGUCGUCGGGCCCGCGGACUUCAAUGAUUGCGAAGCCGCCGAGUUCGGCCCCGUGCUACGGCGCGUCUCCGACGCGCUCCAGACGGCUACUGGCGCGAAGCGCAUCUAUACCUGCUUCAUGUCGGAGUCGUCGCCGCAUUUGCACGUGCACCUGGUGCCGCGCCUCCACGACGCCGACGUCACGGGCUUCGACGUGUUCCAGCUGCAGGCGCGGGCCAAGAGCGGUGCGGUCGAGGCGGCGGGCGAUGACGCGUGCCGAGCGAUCGUGGACGCGGUGCGCGCGGAUUUGGCGGCGCGGCCGCCGUCAUUGUGAGUAGUAAAAGUAGUGUUUGUCGUUGACAAAAAGUAUUCUGCCC